AAGGUGCUUGGUUUUUCUUUAAGAUGCAGAAGUUUCCAUUUCUUCACCAGCUGUUCAAACCCAUUUUCAUAAUCAUUUGUGAAUUACCCAUCCCCACCUCAACACGGACUGUCUGCUGAUGCCUGACACCAGGCUGAGCUGGCACAGGUGAAGUGGGUCCCGAGCCUCAAAGUGACAGAGGUGCAAAGGGACAGAUCCAAACUGAGCUUUGUCUUUCACAUCAUUUGAAUCUUCUCAGCCUAAAAAGGAGGCCACAAAAACAAAAAACCUUCAGCAAUUUUUAAAAAGGCUCAGGACAGAGGCUCUUUUCCUUAAGCUAAGAUGCAUCCAUAACAACGGGAAAAUUAAGGGAAGGAGGAGUACUAGGAGGAGGAGGAAAUGGCAGCCCCACCCAACUCAGAUGGAAGGAAAGGUCUAGGAGGAUGACUAAAUGCUCAGAGGCAAGAAGGUCUAGGAUCUUGGUACGGAUUAGUUGAAGGACCUUGGCUGACAGAAGAAGGAAGGAAAUGGAUCAGGUGGCAGCCUUGGAGCUCAUGUCCAUUGACCUGCAGAGCCGCAAGAAUAACAAGGAGCAUCACACGCAGGAGAUGGGCUUGAAGCGGCUCAUCGUGCGCCGGGGCCAGACCUUCAUGCUCCGACUAUACUUCAACCGACCCUUCCACUCUGGGACUGACUACAUCAUCUUCGUGGCUGAGACCGGACCAGAGCCCACGGAGUUGCUUGGAACCCGAGCCACCUUUGCACUCACUCAGGCCCGACAAGGGAAUGUCUGGAGUGCUGCUGACUUCACCAUUGACUCCAACUCGCUCUAUGUCUCCUUUUUCACACCGACCAAUGCUGUCAUUGGCCCCUACACUCUGAAGAUAGAGAUCUCUCGGGGCCAGGGUCCCAGGGUGGUUCACCCCCUGGGAACUUUCAUCCUGCUUUUUAACCCUUGGAGUGCAGAGGACGAUGUCUACCUGCCAAGUGAAAUACUGCUGCAGGAGUACAUCAUGAUGGACUAUGGCUUUGUUUACAAGGGUCAUGAAAGAUUUAUCACUUCCUGGCCCUGGAACUACGGGCAGUUUGAAGAGGACAUCAUAGAUAUCUGCUUUGAGAUCCUGAACAAAAGCCUGUACUUCUUAAAGAACCCAUCCAAAGACUACUCCCAGCGGAAUGACGUGGUGUACGUGUGCAGGGUGGUGAGUGCCAUGAUCAACAGCAAUGAUGACAAGGGCGUGCUGCAGGGGAACUGGGGAGAGGACUACUCUGGGGGUGUCAGCCCACUGGAGUGGAACGGCAGUGUAGCCAUCCUGCGGCAGUGGUCAGCCAGGGGCGGGCGGCCUGUGAAGUACGGGCAGUGCUGGGUCUUCGCAGCUGUUAUGUGCACCGUGAUGAGGUGCUUAGGUAUUCCAACUCGUGUUGUUUCCAAUUUCCGUUCUGCACACAACAUGGAUGGGAACUUAACCAUUGACACCUACUAUGACCGAAACGCAGAGAUGCUGCCAGCUCAGAAACGAGACAAAAUAUGGAAUUUCCAUGUCUGGGAUGAGUGCUGGAUGGUCCGGAAAGAUCUGCCCCCGGGGUACAAUGGGUGGCAGGUUCUGGACCCCACUCCCCAGCAAACCAGUAGCGGGCUGUUCUGCUGCGGCCCUGCCUCUGUGAGGGCCAUCAGAGAAGGGGAGGUCCACCUCGCCUAUGACACCCCAUUUGUGUAUGCCGAGGUGAAUGCCGAUGAAGUCAUUUGGCUCUUCGGGGAUGGGCAGGCCCAGGAAAUCCUGGUCCACAACACCAGUUCUGUUGGGAAGGAAAUCAGCACCAAGAUGGUAGUGUCAGACCAGCGCCAGAACAUCACCAGCUCUUACAAGUAUCCAGAAGGAUCCCCCGAGGAGCGAUCUGUGUUCAUGAAGGCUUCCCGGAAGAUGCUGGGCCCAAGCAGGGCCUCUUCACCCUUCCUGGAUCUGCUGGGGUCUGAGGGCUUCCAGGACCCGCCGGCGCAGCUGCAGCUUCACCUGGCCAGGCUGCCCGAGUGGGGGCAGGACCUGCUGCUGAAGCUGCAUGCCCGGAGGGUACCGGACAGAGCCCACCCCCGGGGCCCCAUCAGGCUGGAGGUGCGCUUCUGUGCACAGGCUCUGCUACACAAGGGCGGUGCCCGGGAGCCCCUCUGGAGGAAGACAGCACACCUGGACCUGGACUUCGGGGAGGAGGUACGGCUGCCGCUCUUGCUACCCUUCGACAACUAUAGAAAGAAGCUGAUGGAUGAAAAGCUGAUCCGUGUGUCUGGAAUUGCCAGGGUGGAGCAGACAGGAAGGUCCGUGCUGGUGCUGAAAGAUAUCUCUCUGGAAACUCCCCACUUAUCUAUUGAGGUUCCUGAGAGGGCUGAGGUGGGCAAGGCCCUGAGAGUCCACAUCACCCUCACCAACACCCUCACGGUGGCUCUCAGGAACUGCAUGUUGGUGCUGGAGGGAAGCGGCCUCAUUGAUGGGCAGAUAUCAAAAAACAUCGGGACUGUGGUGGGCGGACACACCACCGAAAUCCAGGUGGACCUCUACCCCAUCAAAGCAGGACGCCGUCAGCUGCAAGUCCUCAUCAGCAGCAGCGAGGUCAAGGAGAUCAAAGGCUACAAGCACAUCUUUGUUGCCGCAGCCAGGGCUUCUUGAGCCCUGCCCCCACCCUCCUCAGGCCCGCUCUGUCCCCCAGCCCCUCCCUGAGCCCUGCCACCCUCAUGUCCUCCUGGCCCCACCUCCCUCUUUUCUACUCCUGAAGGUAUAGGGUUCUGUUUGCUUCUUCUCUGCCCUCUUCCAGCCUGCCUGGGGGGUGGAGGGGGGCAUGAAGCUGUUGGAACCACUGUGCAUCUCAGGAAGAGACAAUAAAGACGUCUUUAUUUAUUACCGGUGUUGUCUCUUCUGUGCUAACAAGCGGCUUUCUGCAUUUAAAUUGUCUUACAAGCCUGCAGGCCGAGGCUAGAGGGAGGUGUCCCGACGUCAGCCUGGAUGUGCUGGGAGCACACUGACUGUGGCACCAUGGGGGCUGCCCAGGCGCUGCCCAGCAGGACUCCUCUGCUGCCACCCUGAGAGCAUGGCAACGGCCCCAGGAUGACUGGGAGGCACUUCGUAGCUAGCUGCCCCCAGUGGCAGGCCCUCACUUACCCUGACCCCAUCUUCCCCUCUUGUUCCCUCACCCAUCUGCUCCUCUUCAUCUUUGACUCUAUCCAAGUCACCCUAACUGCCUCAGCUUCUCUUCCUUUCCGUUGUUCGUUUUUGUUAUUUUUAAGGACAGGAAGGCAAUCUUUUGUAUUUUCUUCCUGUGGUCCUAGAGAUCAUUUGUGCUCAUUCUAGAUUAUUUGGGAAGAAUAGAACAGUGAAAAGAAACAAAAGAAAAAUCACCAAGAGCUCCCUCUUCCUAGAAGAAAUCUCUGUUAAUGUUUUGCCAUAUGUCUUUCUGGUCUUUUCCCCCUUUUCAUUGUGCCUUUUAUAGUUAUCAUUACAUGGCUAUCAUCAAAAAGACUAAGAGAUAACAAGUGGUGAGGAUAUGAAGAAAAGGGAACCCUCGUGUACUUCUGGUGGGAACAUAAAUUGGUGCAGCCACUAUGGAAAGCAGUAUGGACAAUACUCAAAAAAUUAAAGAUAGAACUACCAUAUGAUCCAGCUAUUCCAUUUGAGCCAAUAUCUGAAGAAAAUAAAAUCAUCAUCUUGAAGAGGUAUUUUCACAUUCAUGUUCACUGCAACAUAAUUGACAAUCACCAAGAUAUGGAAAUAACAAGUGUCUGUCAAUGGAUUCAUGGACAAAGAUGUGAGAUAUGUACACACAUUGGAAUACUAUUCAGCUGUAAGAAAGAAAGCAAUCCUGCCAUUUGCUACAAUAUGGAUGGAACUUGAGGGCAUUAUGCUAAGAGAUAAGUCAGACAUGGGAAGACAGAUACUAUAUGAUCUCAUUUAUGUGUAGAAUCUAAAAAAGCAGAAGUCGUAGAAGCCGAGAGAAGAAUGGUGGAUACCAAGGGCUGGGGCAAGGAGGAACUGGGGAGAUGUUGGUCAAAGAGUGCAAGCUGCUAGUUAGAAGACAAUUCCUAGAGCUCCAAUGCAUAACAUUGUGAUUUUUAAGUUAACAAUACUAUUUAUACUUCAAAAUUGCUAAGAGACUAGAUCUUAAAUGUUUUCACCACAAAAAAAGAAAUGAUAUUCAUGUGACAUGAUGGAGGUGUUAGCUAAUGUCAGGGUGGUAAUCAUGUUGCAAUAUAUGUGUAUCACAUCAAUACAUUGUAUAUCUUAAAUGUACACACUAUUAUAGGUCAAUUAUAUCUCAAUAAAA